GGUAGGGGGGGUAAAAAACAGAAACAAAAAAAAAAAGGGGGGACUUAAAGACUAAAAGAGGAGGGGUGGGAGAAAGACAAAAAAGAGCGCUGCCUAAUCACCACAUGGGUUGAACACUUGGUACCCUGCUUGGAUUUGGCAUAAGAAGAAGCAGUGCAACAAUUAAGAAGAAGCAGACAGGUUUUGACAUCUUACCGGGUGAAUUUUCAGCUUGUCGCCGUCCAAUUGGAGAGGAGGAUGUUAUACUGAGGAGAUCCCAAGAAAAUCUUUAGUGUGUUAUGCCCAUUUGCAGAAAUGACAACUGACCAGGAAUUACCCAUGGAUGGCCCUGCAGCCACAGCCACGUUUGCUGCAAAGGGUAUUGAUGUAACACCAAAUAAAGACCAAGGGGUUAUGAAGGUCAUAAACCACCAGGGAGUCGAAGGGGACCGACCAAUGAUUGGGGACAAAGUCACUGUCCACUACACUGGAAAACUGCUCUCUGGGAAGAAAUUUGACUGCAGUCGAGAUCGCAAAGAGCCUUUUUGCUUUCACGUGGGGAAAGGACAAGUCCUCAAGGCCUGGGACCUCGGUGUGUUGUCCAUGCAGAGAGGAGAGGUGUGCACGCUAAUCUGCAAGCCGCAGUACGCUUAUGGAGUUGCUGGAAACCCAAACAAAAUUCCUCCUAACUCCUCAGUUGUCUUCGAGAUAGAGCUGCUCAGAUUUGAAGGAGAGCUACUUACAGGGGACGGUGGCAUCAUGAGACGAAUAAAGGUCAAAGGGGAAGGUUACAGUAAUCCCAACGAUGGAGCGAGUGUUGAAGUGCACCUGGAAGGGCGCUGUGACGACCGACUGUUUGACUGCAGGGACGUCAGCUUUACUAUUGGUCUCGCUGAAGAUAAAGGCAUUCCGCUGGGAGUGGACCGAGCCAUGGAUAAGAUGCAGAAAGGAGAGUGCUGUUUACUUUUCUUGAAACCAAAAUAUGGCUUUGGAAGUGAAGGCAAACCCGAGUACAACAUUGGACCAGACCAAGACAUCGUAUAUGAAGUUACCCUCAAAGACUUUAAAAGGGCUAAAGAAUCCUGGGAAAUGGACUUGAACGAAAAGCUAGAUAUGUCUGCUGGAGUGAAAAAUAAAGGGAAUCAGUAUUUUAAGGCACACCGGUACCAACAGGCAGUCAUCCAAUACCAGCGCAUCAUUUCCUGGUUGGAGAUGGAGUGUGGGACUGGGUUAGAGCAACACAAGAGGAUAAAAGAAUAUCUUUUGACAUCCCACCUCAAUUUAGCAUUGUGUUUCCUGAGGCUGAGAGAGUUCUCACAAGCAGUGGACAACUGCAACGCGGUCAUUGCGUUGGAUGAAAGCAAUGAGAAGGCUCUGUAUCGUCGCGGGGAAGCGCGGUUCCACCGCAACGAGUUCAGCCUGGCCAUGGCAGACUUUCAGAAAGUGCUGCAAGUCAACCCCUCCAAUCGAGCAGCUCGUGGUCAAAUUUCCAUCUGCCAAAACAGGAUUAAGGAACAUCAUGAGCACGACAAAAGGACCUACGCCAACAUGUUCCAGAAAUUUGCAGAGCGGGACGCCAAGACUGGGAGGGUGAAGAGGAAGCGAGAUGAGAGCUCGAGGACCACCAUGAAUGGAGAGUUAGGCAUUAAACAGCGGCGGAGGAGUCGGGACUGUCUAUCAUAACAGUGACUACCGAAUGGGAGAAGAGAAGUCCUCCUGUUCCUGGAGCAGAGGCAGGAAUGAAGUAGAAUAAAAGCCUCUAAUCCAAACCUCUUUUAUCUCCAAAUCAAGUGUGACCAUUCAUGCAUAUAAAGCAGAGUGUGAGCAGGGAUGCUUGUGGACCAAACAGCAUUACCCCUGUCACGCGGACUAUCAGACUGCCAGGACGCUCAUCCCUGUGGGGAUAGUACUACAGAAUCACUGAGUGAAGAUAGGUGAACACUUUUGGCCCAAGCUUUUAUUUUACAAAAUAUUGUUUUAUUUCUUCUAAAACACUGAGGACUCAUAUUUUCUUGUCAUUAGGCUAGUGUAUAGAGCUGACAUGUGCCUCCAUAGUGUGUUUCUGAUUCCAAGACCACACUUGCUGGUUUUCAGACCUCUGAAUCGUAAUUGGUAUUUAGCCUUUUUGGGGCAGCUGCAUGCAUGUAUCAUGAGGUGUUUGGGAUUCAGACUUGAAACUUUGCUAAAUUUUAAAUGUGCAAUAUGUAUUUUUGGACAAAAGGUAUAACAAAUCCUGUUAGCUAAGUGGUGUUGCAACAAACAGUAAUUUUCACGUUAAAGUUUCGGGGCAGCAUGGCAGUGUGGCAGGCAGUGCUGUUGUUUCAUAUAUAUACUUGAGCGUUCUCCGGGUACUUUGGCUUCAUCCCAGAGUCCAAAAACAUGUUCAGCUGAAGCGUGCGUGGUUGUUUCGUGUGUCGUUUGUUUCUGUGUGGUCCUGUAAUGAACUGGCGUAUCCCGCCUUUCAUGUGAUGACAACUUGGAUAGAGCCUAGCUCUCUCGCACCCGUGACACCCAAACAAGAUGAACCAGGUUUAUAAAAUUGAAGGAUGGAUUGCCUAGAACUUAGCCUUGGUUUUCAAUUAACAAUCUUUUUCUUAGCAAUUACACAAACCUGCUUUCAAUUAAAUUUGAGAAAUGCAUAAAUACUACUACAAAUGAAGUAAUACCACAAGUUUCACUGCAUGGAUAUUUCCUAUUUCUAUCGAUCACGAUACAUACACUCAUCACUUUAUUAGGGGUACCAGAUGCACCUAAUAAAAGAGGUGAGCGUAAGUUUUCACCAGACAACAGAAGCAGAAUCAGAAAAAAGCACAAACUACACAUACCAAAAUUGUACAAAAACAAAAAAAAUCUGUUAUUUACCUGUGGCAAAUUCCCAAUUUACUGACAUUUGUCAUGUUUCACUGUAGAUCUCGUCAUUUGUUUUAUUUUUUACAAAAAGAAAACACAAAAAGGUCUACAGAGGGACUUAAACUGUGGCGUGGGGUGGUUACUUCCAGAAAUACAAAGCAAAUUGAGCCCUUUGUUUUUCCAAUAUGUGCAUGACAAUGGUCAUGCACU